AAGAUGAAGAUAAGAAUCUGUUGACCUAUGGAGUUCUUCUCCGAGCUCGAGUUUUAUCUUCUCUUCGUCUUCCUUAACUCUGCUCCGUAGCUAAUCCCCCUCCAUUUCCUGCGAAUUCCACGAAUUUUUCUCUGAAAUUUCCCCUCGAUCGCUUCCUCUUUUGAAAACCCUCUCCGAUUUCCCCCUCGUCCUUUUGUUUUUCUGUGAAUUCGCCUCCAAUUUCAGACUCUACGCGAAAAUUUGAGUGGAACAAGCAAAGUAGUGGCUGAGUCUGUGCAUGACGAGCGCUUCGGAGCUGUUUCAUCAUCGGAGGUACAGGUGGGGCCGGACCGACGCGGAUUUAGGGCUUGAUUCUGAGCCUCCCGAUCGGCAUCUUCCGUCUCCACGGCGUCAUCAUGGUCACACCGGCACUCAUCGCCGCGAUUUGAACGCCUGUGGCGCUUUCCGACGAUCCUCGCUGCAAGAACGCCAUCAAUCUCCCCGGUUUUCGUACCCUCUUGCUCAGGAUCGGUCGGCUGCUCAGUCUGACUCGGUUACAAGUCUUGGUUCUAGAAAUAGUAUUAAUGCGAAUAUUCAUAUUCGGAACAGCUCGAGGACUGGGUUGAGUGRGGAUUCCAGAUUGCCAGGAGCCGUUUUACUUGCUAGGGAAAGGCUUCUGGAGAGAUUGAGAGGUGCCUCUUUGCCGACGAGCAGGAAUGGUCUUACUGAAGCAUCAGAUGGGAAUCCAGAAAUCUCGACAAGUCAAUCGCAAAGGAUCUCCCUCGUCGAUGCUGACAGGCUGCAAUUAGUUCCUGAACUCAACAAGAGGCCCCCUGGUCUCUCACRGGAGGCAGUGGACCGCUUACAACUUGAGGUUUUUAUGAAUACAGAGCAUAUCAUUGACGAUGACCCGACAACGAUAACGUCAACAGAUUGUAGUAUAUGUCUAGAGAGUUUCACAGACGGAGACAAACUCAUCCAUCUGCCCUGUGAGCACAAAUUUCACCAUGCUUGCUUGGACCGAUGGGUUCGAAGUUGUGGAGAUUGUCCAUAUUGUCGACAACGUAUCGAUGUAAACUAAUAUUUUCUAACGAGUUCGAAAUCUCAACUUGGGAUUUGCAGUAUGUAGAAAGCUUAGAGACUUCAGUUAACAACCAAGUUGUGGUAUUAAUCUUUAUAGUUGAAGUCCAUAUUUGUAUCCUUCUGAGUUCUGAAUUGUGUUGGGACACCAAACUGUGUGGCAGUUUUAAUAGCCAA